AUGAUGAAGCUCUUGACGUCAAUUGCACUCGUAGCAUCGGUGCUCUUUUUUUUGUUCACGCAAGCUGCAAGCAAGGAUUUACCAGAGAACCCACCCGUGACAGACACAGUCUACUUUGACAUUGAAGAAGAUGGACACGCGAUAGGACGAAUCACGAUAGGCUUGUUUGGUUCCGUGGUGCCUAAAACGGUUGAGAACUUUAAGACUAUUGCCGCUUCAGUUGACCCCAAGCAGCAAUACACCAACUCCGUCUUCCAUCGUGUCAUCAAGAAUUUCAUGAUUCAAGGUGGAGACUAUGAAUUUGGUCAAGGAUACGGUGGACAAUCUAUCUAUGGCAAGAAAUUUGAAGAUGAGAAUUUCGAUUUGAAGCAUGAUAGAAAGUAUCGAUUGAGUAUGGCUAAUGCUGGUAGGGAUACUAAUGGAUCGCAGUUUUUCAUCACUACUGCCAUCACGAACUGGUUAGAUGGUAAGCAUGUUGUGUUUGGCGAGGUUUUGGAUGGCAAGAGCGUUGUUGAUUAUAUUGAGAGUGUCAAGACUGGUAGAGGCGAUCGUCCUGUCAAGGAGAUCAAGAUUGCUAAAGCCGGGUUGAUUGGGGAAGAGGCCAAGGAGGAGGAGGAGGAGAAGGAGGAGAAAAAGAAGACGGAGGAAGUCGAGAAAGAUGAGUUGUAG